AUGAAGUUAACUGCCUUGCUUAACGCAGCCAUCUUCUUGUGUUCCAUCAACUCGGCAUCGGCUUCUAGUUGUUCCACGAAAGUGCACACUGUGACGGAGAUUGCUUAUGCUACUGUUUUUGUCGAUGCCAUUGCUGCCAGUUCUACAUCGACCAGCUCCAGGCACAGUUCCAGUCUGACCACGAAGUUGACUUCCAGUGCUAGUACAAGUUCUAGUGUCAGCUCCAGCUCGAGUUCCAGCUCAAGCUCUAGAUCACAUUCAAACUCCAGUUCAAGCUCUAGAUCAAGCACUACUCCAACCUCAAGUUCAAGUGCGACAUCAGCCACAAGUUCUAGCACCAAACCAAAAUUGAGCUCGAGUUCUACUUCGACUUCCACAAAGCCUACUAGUAGCUCAAGCACUAAGAAGUCAUCAAGCACGUCGAGCGCAUCCAAGACUAGCUCCUCCAAGACUAGCUCCUCCAGCACGUCCAAGAAGUCUAGUACAACUACCAGCAGUUCUUCUUCCACAGCAAAGAAAGCAAGCACAACCUCCACAAAGUCAUCCUCCACUAGUACUUCAACUAGCACCUCUCUUUCUACGUUCGCCUCAGCUAUUCUCAAGGAACACAACGUGAAACGUGCUUUACACAUCAAUACUCCAGCAAUGGAAUGGAAUGCUACGGUGGCCGAGGUGGCUCAGAACUACAUCAGCACCUUCAAGUGCAAGGAUGCACUCAAGCACUCGGGAACUUCAGGAUACGGAGAAAACCUAGCUUACGGUUUCACCACCGUGGGGACCGUGGACGCCUGGUACAACGAGAUUGACGACUACGACUUCAACGACCCAGGUUUCUCUGAGUCCACUGGUCACUUCACGCAGGUUGUGUGGAAGAAGUCCACUCAGUUGGGUUGUGGCUACAUUGACUGUACAGAGGAUGGAUACGGGCUGUACGUAUCGUGUAACUACUACCCGCAAGGAAAUGUGAUUGGCUACUUUUCCGAGAACGUUGCCGACCUUAUUUCAUAG